GCUCUAUGGUAGGUGUGAAGGGGGCGGCUCGGCACGCAUGCGUGUGGGGAAGUCCCGUGACAGGCUAGUUUGCCGAAAUGUGGCGGAUUUCGGGGCUCCUGGGGAGAGCCCUGAACCGCUGUCAUGCUCCCAACUUCCAGGGAUGUGUCCAUGGAGAGACUGAAGCUUUAAAUCCUUCAUCUCUGAUUCCAUUGGGUCAGAAUGUGGGUAGCAAAAGUUACAGCUCCCAGUCAUCGGGUGCUCACAGUGGUCAGAAUGAACAGAAACGUAAGAAAAAGAGAAACUUUGAGUUUUGCACCGGUCAGCUGCCACAGUAUACUGCACUGGAUGCUUUUGGAGUGGGAGCCGCAGCAUUAUUUUUCUUGCAUUUGGCUCGUCAGGCCUCCUUUCACUGUCGUACAAGUAAACCUCAGGAAGACAGGUGCUCACGGCGCAAUUACCUGGAACAGAUCCUCUCAUCUCUUUAUCCAGGCAGCAGAUUUUCCGUCGGCAAUCACAUUUUGCCAAAGAGUGUCCAGUCUAGUACCUGGAAUGAUAUUAAGCUGCAGAAUGAUGCUGCUCUGCAGGAUGUGGAUGUUUCUCUUGAGAGUGCAUCUUCAGUUUCCUCUAGUGAAAGUGACCAUCUGCAUCAUCUGGCUGAGCAAGGUAUGGCAGAUUCAAGCACUGAUGACAACCUUGGUUUUUCACUUGGAUCGGAUGCUGGUUUGGAAGAGAGUACAUCAAGACCUGUCAAUGAGCCACAGGAUUUAAAAGAAGACCAUGGAGAAUCAUUGAACCUUGCUGCCUCUCGAUUGCUGGAUUUGACAGAAACCAGCGUACCUACAGUGCUGAACAUAUUUGGGAUCAUCAGCGCCAGAGACCGUGCCAAUUACAAGUCCGCUUUCCACUUCUUUCAAGAAGCCGCAGAGAGUGGUUACAGCAAGGCUCAAUACAACGUGGCAGUGUGCUAUGAGAAAGGAAAAGGAGUGGCCAAAGAUAUGACCAAAGCAGCAGAUUAUUACCGCCUGGCAGCCAGUGGAGGGCACCAGCUUGCCAAAUAUCACUAUGCCCGCCAUUUGCUACAGUCUAACAGUGAGGAGACACAGUCAGCAGUACAGCUGCUUCAAGAUGCUGCCCAGGCUGGUGUAAAAGAGGCUCAAGCAUAUUUAGGAGUUUUCUACAGUAAAGCAGCUAAUUUUGAUCCAGAGAAAGCAGCAAGAUACUUCUGGAUGGCAGCUGAGAAUGGAGAUGUCCAAAGCCGCUAUCAUCUGGGAGUGUGCUAUGAAAGAGGAUUUGGAGUUCCAAUGAGCAGACUGGAAGCGCUCAGACAUUAUGAAAAGGCUGCAAAAUCAGGACAUGAGCCAGCUCAGCAGAAAUUACUGGACAUGCAGCAGCCCAAGACUCAAGAUCUAAGCUCUCCCCUGAACAGUCUUCGAGCUGCAGCCUCCAGCCCCUGUCUUCCUGUUUUGGAGCGAACAAACUUCUGGACAAAAGCCACCUACACUGCAAGCAACACAAACAGCCUGGGCCUACCUCACUCAAUGAGCAGUGGGGACCUAUUGGUGAUGUCCCCUGCUAAUAGUGGUAGCUACCUCCUACCACCUAUCCAUGUUUCUGCGAUGACCCCUCCAAUGGCCUCUCUCAGAGCUAUCGGGGUUGGAUGAAUCUCUCUGCAUUUGAAAGCGCUUAGAUUUUGCAUCUUAAUGAAGGUGGUAAAGUUGUGUCUGUGGUUUCAAUACUGCAAAGACACUUUAUUGCUCCCUAAUGCCUUACUGACCUAACACAAGAGGAAGUAAUGCCUGCUUUCCUAUGCAAAACACUGCCCAUGUGGGUUUUCGAUUACAACUGUAUAAUUAAAACUGUACUUUUAAAUGUCUACUAGGAUGCUAAUGGGAUGGAUUAAGCUCAGUGAAACUGGAGCACUGCAAUACCAUUUGCAGACUGCAUUGCUGCAGAUUUAAAUGGUUUAUUAGGGUCCCCAUCAGAGCCCCCUUACAUCAGGGUCCCCAUCAGAGCCCCCCUUACCUCAGGGUCCCCAUCAGAGCCCCCCUUACAUUGGGGUCCCCACGGGCACGGAGGUGUCUGGGUACAAUAUGAUGGAAUAUACUUACAGGACGGGUCUUGUCUGGGACACUCCAUAUUUGCAGCAAGGACAAUUCCUAAACAAGAUAACAAAUCAGAUCAUCACAGAGUGGAACUGUGAAUAUGAAUAAAGUAUACAAUGCCACGUCCCGAUAACUUAGAUUAUGGAAGAAUAUAUACAUAUAUGUAUAUGACAGAUGAUGGACUUUGAAGGCGUAAUGGGUUAAAAAUGUAAUAUUUAUUGAGAAAAACACAUAGGAAUCAUUGAAAAACAUAAAAUUCAUAGAUAAGGCCGUUCCUAAGAAUACAAAAACGCUAGCAUGACAGAACACCUAUUACAUAUGG